AUGAUGAAAAAUCCAGGAACAGUUUUGGUUUUCAAGCCCAACACUAAAAGAGAAGAGGGCCGGAAAACACAGUUAUCUAACAUACAGGCAAGCAGAGCAGUAAGCGAAAUUGUCAAAACAACUCUCGGGCCUAUGGCGAUGCUAAAAAUGAUGCUGGACCCAUUAGGAGGCAUUGUAAUAACAAAUGAUGGGAAUUGUAUUCUAAGAGAAGUAGAUGUAGCACAUCCAGCAGCGAAAUCAUUAAUAGAGCUUAGUAGAUCCCAAGAUGAAGAAGUAGGAGAUGGUACUACAUCUGUUGUUAUAUUAUCAGGAGAAUUUUUAAAUAUUGCUGAAGCUUUUUUAAAAAAUAAAAUUCAUCCAACUAUUAUAGUGAACUGUUAUAUGACUGCAUUAAAUUUAAGUUUAAAAUAUUUAGAAGAAAUAGCAAUAGAAGUAGAUGUAAAUAAUGAAGAAAAUCUUUUAAAAGCUAUUGAUUCAUGUUUAAGUACCAAAUUUGUAAAUAGAUACAAUAAAAUUGUUAGUAGAUUAUCUUUAGAAGCAACACAAUGUGUUAAGGUUGAAAAUAUUAUUGGAAAAAAAGAAAUAGAUAUCAAAAGAUAUGCAAAAGUAGAAAAAAUUCCUGGGGGAGAUAUAAUGGAUAGUUAUGUAUUAAAAGGUGUUAUGAUAAAUAAAGAUAUAACACAUCCAAAAAUGAGAAGAUAUAUUAAAAAUCCAAAAAUUUUAUUAUUAGAUUGUACAUUAGAAUAUAAAAAAGCAGAAAGUCAAACAAAUGUAGAAAUUUUAGAUGAAAAUACAUGGAAUCAAUUAUUAUUGCAAGAAGAAAUAGAAGUAAAAAAAAUGUGUGAAUAUAUAAUUGAUAGUAAAUGUGAUAUCGUUGUUACUGAAAAAGGUGUUUCAGAUUUAGCCCAACAUUUUCUUGUUAAAAAAAAUAUUAGUGUUAUAAGAAGAGUAAGAAAAACUGAUCUUAAUAGAUUAGAACGAAUUACAGGUGCAACAAUUGUUAAUAGAUGUGAUGAAAUUGUAGAAAAAGAUAUAGGAACAAAAUGUGGAUUAUUUGAAGUUAAAAAAAUUGGAGAUGAUUAUUAUUCAUUUUUUGUUGAAUGUGAAAAUCCACGUGCAUGUACAAUUUUAUUAAGAGGAGCCACAAAAGAUGUCCUUAAUGAAAUCGAAAGAAAUUUACAUGAUGGUAUGAAUGUUGCAAAAAAUAUUAUGCUUGAAGGAAAAUUAUUAUAUGGUGGUGGUUGUACUGAAAUGAGAGUAAGUCAAUAUUUAAUUAAAGAAGCAGCUAAUUUUGAUGAUUCUAGAAAAAGUGUAAUAGAAUCAGUUGCAUCUGCUUUUGAAAUUAUCCCCAAAAUUUUAGCACAAAAUAGUGGAGUUAAUGUUGUUAAAUGUAUUAAUGAAUUACGAACAAAACAUGAAAAACCAGGAUCUGAAAAAUUAGGAAUUGAUGGUGUAACUGGAGAAAUUAUAGAUGUAUCUUCCAAAAAUAUAUGGGAUCUAUUAUCUGUUAAAAAACAAAUAUAUAAAAGUGCUAUUGAAGCAGCUUCUAUGAUAUUAAGAAUUGAUGAUGUGGUUAGUGGAAUAGGUAAAGAUGACAAAAUUCAAAAACCCAUUAAAAAUGAGUUUUAA